UCAAUCGUCCGUGAGUGCCAAUGCCCCGCCUAGGUCUUCCACGGGAGCGCGCCUGGAACACGCGUUACUACCGAUACUGACAAGUUGAGCGCACUGGAUCUUGGCAGGAAGUUGUAUAGAGUCGAAGGAAAAAUACGAGAAUAUUUUUAAACGCAUCUUUACGUAAAUACCGAAACACUGAAUCAGAGAGCUGAGUCUCGCCGAAGGCAUUGCAAGGUAACGAAUCAAAGAUUAUGGACUAAUGGUGGUCGAAACAGAUGGAGGCGGCAAGAAGUUUUCAGUUUGUCUGGAUCCUGGUGAUUUUGGGAAUUACGAGAACCGCGGGCAGAGAAGUAUGUCUGGGCACUGAUAUGAAGCUAGCCUUACCCUCCAGUCUGCAGAACCACUAUGAAAUGUUACGACUGCUUUACACUGGCUGCCAGGUCGUCCAUGGCAAUCUGGAAAUCACACACCUACAAGGGACACCAGACCUUUCCUUCCUGCAGGGAAUCGUGGAGGUCCAGGGCUACGUGUUCAUCUCUCGCGUCUCCGUGCCCGUGCUUCCACUGGACAGCCUGCGCAUUAUCCGGGGGAGUCAGCUGUACAACGGGAGCUAUUCUCUAGCCGUGCUGGACAACCCAGGCGUCAGGAAGCUACAGCUCCGCAGCCUCACAGAGGUCCUACUGGGAGGCGUGUAUAUUCGGGGGAACCCUCAGCUGUGUUUCCCUGACCCCAAGAAGAUUGACUGGAAGGAUAUUGUAGGGGGGCAGCAGCUGGGCAAGUCGAUGUGGCUGCAGUCAGCAGCACCCUACUGCCCGUAUUGUUCGUCGGCUUGUGGCUCCAGAGGCUGUUGGGGAGAGACGGCGACAGACUGCCAGACACUGACCCACAUCGACUGCGCUUCGGGGUGUAUGCGCUGUAAGGGCCCCAAGGCGAGCGACUGCUGCCACGUGCAGUGUGCCGCAGGCUGCGCUGGACCUAAAGACUCAGACUGCCUGGCUUGUCGUCAUUUCAAUGACAGUGGCACGUGUAAAGACAACUGUCCUCCCCCGACCGUUUACGACCCGAUGACCUAUCAGUCCAAACCAAACCCCAACAAGAAGUUCAGCUUUGGAGCCACCUGCGUGAAGCAAUGUCCCUAUAACUACUUAGCCAUGGAGGUGGCAUGUACCAUGGUUUGCCCCAAAUACAACCAUGAAGUCAUCAUCAAACAGCCAGAUGGCCAGGAGACCCAGAAAUGUGAAAAGUGUGAGGGCGAUUGUCCUAAAGUGUGUUACGGUCUGGGUAUGGGUAGUCUCCAGGGUGUAUCUGUGGUGAACAGGUCUAACAUUGGCUUGUUCAGCGGCUGUGAAAAAGUCUAUGGUAGUCUGGCCUUCCUCAGCGACUCCUUCAAAGGGGACUCAUUGACCAACAUGUCCGGCCUACAGCCCGCAGACCUGCAGGUUUUCCGCACCUUGGAGGAGAUCACAGGCUAUCUGUACAUCGAAGCAUGGCCGGAUAACUCCACGGACCUGGGCGUGUUUGAGAAACUCAAAGUCAUACGAGGACGAAUGCUUUACAAGGGGGUAUUCUCUCUGGGGGUGCAGUCUCUGCACAUCGAGUCCCUGGGUCUUCGCUCUCUCCGCAGCGUCAGUGGGGGUCUGGUGCUCGUUCACAAUAACUCUCGUCUGUGCUACACCUCAUCAUUGCCAUGGGCCAGUCUGCUUUACCCCAGCCAGGAGCUCAACCUUGUCAGUAGCAACAACCAAGACCCACAGACCUGCGUGGCAGAGGGACACGUGUGUCACCCACUGUGCAUGGAUGGGGCAUGCUGGGGUCCAGGGCCAGGCCAGUGUGUAUCGUGUGUGUCCUAUGAGCGCAACGGCGAGUGUGUGGAGCAGUGUAACGUACAGCACGGCUCUGUCAGGGAGUUCAUCGAUGGCUCCUCCUGUCUUGCCUGCCACACGGAGUGUAGACCAAUCAACGGCUCUUCUUCCUGCAUUGGCCCGAGCAAUACCCAGUGCAUGGAGUGCCUGCACUACCAGGAUGGUGAGGCAUGUGUGUAUCGCUGUCCCAGCGGUGUGAAGGAUGGACAGUACACCGUGUGGAAGUACAGCAACGAGAGCGACCACUGUGUGCCCUGUCCAACCAACUGCACCGUUUCUUGUCCUCAGGAUGAGAGAGGAUGUCCAAUUCACCAGAAAUCUGGGCCCGGAACCACAAUAGCCGCCGUGAUUGGCGGUGUGGUUCUGUUCCUCAUUCUACUGGCUCUGCUGGCGUUUUACAUUCGCCGACAGAAACAGCUGAAGAGGAAAGAAACACUAAGGAGAAUCCUUCAAGAGCAUGAGCUGGUGGAGCCGCUGACUCCAAGCGGAGCGAUGCCGAACCAGGCCCAGAUGCGCAUCCUAAAGGAGACGGAGCUGAAGAAACUCAGGAUUCUGGGUUCAGGAGCAUUUGGUACUGUCUACAAGGGCGUCUGGACUCCUGAUGGAGAGAAUGUGAAGAUCCCAGUAGCCAUUAAAGUUUUGCGUGAGAACACAUCCCCAAAAGCCAACAAGGAAAUUCUAGACGAGGCCUACGUCAUGGCAGGUGUAGCCAGCCCAUAUGUGUGUCGUUUGUUGGGUAUUUGCCUGACCUCCACCGUGCAGCUGGUCACCCAGCUGAUGCCCUACGGCUGCCUGCUGGACUACGUCCGUGAGAAUAAGGACCACAUCGGCUCCCAGUACCUCCUCAACUGGUGUGUGCAAAUUGCCAAGGGCAUGAGUUACCUGGAAGACGUGAGACUGGUUCACAGGGACCUUGCAGCACGCAACGUCCUGGUGAAGAGCCCCAACCACGUGAAGAUCACAGACUUCGGCUUGGCCCGCCUCCUGGACAUAGACGAGACAGAGUACCAUGCAGAUGGGGGAAAGGUACCUAUCAAAUGGAUGGCACUGGAGUCUAUUCUGCACAGGAAAUUUACUCACCAGAGUGACGUGUGGAGUUACGGGGUCACCGUGUGGGAGCUGAUGACCUUUGGCAUGAAGCCAUAUGACCUCAUUCCAGCACGGGACAUUCCGGAACUCCUAGAAGGGGGAGAGAGGCUCCCUCAGCCUCUCAUCUGUACCAUAGAUGUUUACAUGAUCAUGGUCAAAUGUUGGAUGAUUGAUCCGGAGAGCCGACCCAAAUUCAAGGAGCUGGCGACUGACUUCAGCGCUAUGGCGCGCGACCCUCCACGCUACGUAGUCAUCCAGAAUGAUGAGCAGAUGAGCCUGUCUAGUCCGGUGGACAGCCAGUUCUUCCGCACACUGCUGGCUGAAGAGGGUGGGAACGUGAAAGAGCUCCUGGAUGCUGAGGAGUACCUGGUACCACAGCCGGGCUUCUUCAGCUCACCAGGGCAGAGUUCAGGCAACGGGCCCAGUAGACACCACUCCCACAGGAGCACAGAUCUGGUUCUGGAGGUGGAUGGAAUGCCAAGUGGGCGGAGCAUGCACUCCUCAGCGAGCACACUGGGGCGUGGCCAGUACCCAACACUAACUGUAGGAGCCACAGCCAAUGGAAUGUGGGGUGGGGCCCAAUACCCCUCGCUAGUCCGGAGCACCUCCUACCGCUCUGCUGGUGGCCACUCAGACUCUGUGUUUUUGGAUGGGACCGGGGAGGAGGGCGGGCCUCCCUCCAGCCCCGGACGCUACAGUAAAGAUCCCACUUUCCCCACCUACAUGGAUGGAGACCUGGAGACAGACAGGCCUGUCAGCUACCUGUCUCACACACUGCCCCGGAAGACGCACACGCAGCCAGAGUAUGUGAACCAGGACGUCCCCUCUGAGCGACCCAGUACGCUGCCCCGUAAAGCGAGAGAUAGACGCAUGCCCAACGGCCUCUGUACCGGGCACAGCGUGGAGAACCCGGAGUACCUGGUGCCCAUGGGCAACACCACACCCACGUUGCCUGCCUUUGACAACCCCUAUUACCUGGAUAUCCUGGCCAGGGCCAAGGUCUCAGCUGGGGUGUCGACAAGCAGCGAGGACCCUGCCCACAGGCACCUGAAUGGCUAUGUGACCCCCACUGCAGAAAACCCAGAGUACCUGGGGCUAGCAGACACCUGGAGUGGCCAACGAGAUUACACCUGAGAGAGAGAGAGAGAGAGAGAGAGAGAGAGAGAGAGAGAGAG